ACACAAGAAGUUAAAGAGGCAGAGGGGAAACAGCCACCCCUCAACUUCUAGCCCUUAACAAAGGCAGAGGCAGGCAGGGAUCUGUCAAGAGACACAGGCGCCGAGAGGGGAGGAAAACACAACUGGGGGGGCUCGGAGAGAUCCAGGGAGGCGCAAUUAAUGGAGGAGGAACGUUUUGAGGAGGCGAGGGAGGGGGCAAUUGAGCUCAGGCUGCCCCAGAGUUGCCCUAUUGGAUUACGUGGGGAUCUCGUUGCUGGUGAAGCAUAGUGGCGUGCAAGGUGCUCAUUGCCAUCCGCUUACAGAACAUACAUGAAUAAAGUGACACCCCAGACUCUUUCGAGCAAUUGAUAGGGGAAACUUUAACCUGAGAAUGAAGAGAGAAACACUCAGCAGAACCGUAUGAUUGAAACCACAGCCCAGCCUUCUGUUGUUGGACAAGGCUUUGUCCUUUUGCCCUGUACGACCGAUGUUGCAGUAGUUCAGAUGGAUCGCAGCAAGGAGGCAGAGAUGGAAUUACGAAGAUCCUCUAGUCCUAGCAAGGUAAACAAGAGUGACAUUGAUGGAGACAAGUCCAUGUGCCACAGCUGCUGCAUCUGUGGCAAGAGUUUUCCUUUUCAGAGCUCCCUGUCUCAGCACAUGAGGAAGCACACAGGAGAGAAGCCCUAUAAAUGUCCUUACUGCGACCAUAGAGCUUCCCAAAAGGGAAACCUGAAGAUACACAUUCGGAGUCACAGAACAGGCACUUUAAGUCAGGGGCAUGAGGUGGAGAUGGGAGAAGCACAGCUUGGAGAGAUGGGAGUCUCAGAAGGCCUUGAUGGAUGCACCAGCCCCACCAAAAGUACAUCUGCCUGCAACAAGAUUCUGAACGGGGCAACUCAGGCAGACAACAGCAAGAUUUUGUUGAGAAGCAGCAAGAAGGAGGUUGUCACAGAGGCACCACCUGCAGAAGAUGACAAGCUACCCACUUAUCAGUGCAUCUUCUGCAAAAACAAGUUUGAGAGAAAGAAAGACCUGGACCAGCACCUACAUCAAGUCCAUAAGCCGUACAAAUGCAGGCUUUGUAGCUACAUGACAUUAAGAGAAGAGACACUGUUAAACCACAUAGAGAAAGACCAUAUUACAGCUCAAAUUCCAAACGGGGAAACUUACACCGAGAAUUGCAAGAGUGAGCUGAAUGCAGGGGAAUUUCCUUGUGAAGUCUGUGGUCAGGCCUUCAGUCAAACCUGGUUUCUCAAAGCUCACAUGAAAAAGCAUAGAGGAUCGUUUGAUCAUGGAUGCCACAUUUGUGGCAGAAGAUUUAAAGAACCCUGGUUUCUCAAAAACCACAUGAAAUCACACGGUCCAAAGACGGGGAGCAAAAACAAACCAAAAAAUGAUUUAGAGCCCAUAGCCACUAUUAAUAAUGUGAUUCAGGAGGAAACAAUUGUGACUGGCUUAUCUCUGUAUGAAGUUUGCACCAAGUGUGGGAAUCUGUUUACAAAUAUGGAAAGCCUAAAAGCACACAAUGCUGUACACUUGAGAGCUCAAAGAAGCAGUACUGAGAACAAAGCUGAGGGGUUAAUUGAUGGAAGCCUAGAUCCAUCUGUAAAUAAGCAAUUUUUCUUACAGUGCCUGAAUCUGAGGCCAGCUGUAGGGAUAGAUAGAGUUACAAGUGGACAGCCUGGAAAAAGGGUAGCUGAGCUGGAUCCAGUCAGUAGCUACCAGGCCUGGCAGCUGGCCACCAAAGGAAAAGUAGCGGAGCCUUCUGAGUAUGUUAAAUAUGUGGGAUGGGAUGAAGUCCUUGCUGAUGCAGAUGUGACUUAUGACAAGGAUAAAAGAGAAUAUAUUCUUGUCGGCCAGGAGAAGCGCAAGCGAGAUCAGGAUUCACCCAGCUCCUCCAGCAACCCCAAGAAGAAAAGCUGUGUCAGUGGGCGCUUGGAGAAGAACAGCAAUGUGCAACAAGGAGAAAACUGUAUCCUUGCCCAGGGCGACCUGGACUACAGACCCUCCUCAAGGCAGAGCAGAAGGGCAUCCCAAAACAAGUCCACCGAGUGCUUUGAGUGUGGAAAGAUUUUCCGCACCUACCACCAAAUGGUGCUCCAUUCGCGGGUGCACAGGAAAGAACGCAGGAGCUGCAGUGAGAGUGGAACCAUUGCUCAGCCAGACCGGUAUGGAUCCAGCAGUGAAGAAGGGGAUUCUGGUUCUGUUAGUGGGCCAAGCACUCCAGGCUCAGCGUCUGCCCCAGAAGAUUCUGUGACCUCUGGAAUGGGUGAGGAGGGUGCUGAGGACAGCUCUGAGGAAGGAGUACCUGAACCAUCACUAGGUAAAAAGCCAUACCACUGCAGUUUUUCUGAAGAGGGAGCAAUGGUAACAUCUCAGGUAGAAGAGCUUCCUAAAUUUGGAAGUGACAAUGCCAGAGAAAAAGAUGCCAAUGAAUCUAAAUCAGAGCUAUCAACUUUGGUAUCUACCCUGGAAAACAAUAUCAAACGGCCUUUUCCAAAGUAUGAAGCUCAGAGAAAUUCUUCAGACUUAAAGAUGCCAGCAUUUCAACCUAGACAAGAGCUUCCUUGCUCCAGUAGUACUGCUGACUUUGCUUCAGGAGUGGGCCAGACAUCUUUAGAUGCGGUAGUAGACUUGAAAACCUCAUUGGAAAAGCAGGCUAGUCACCCUAAAGAAAAUUUCUCAGACUUGUGCAGGGAGCACCCUGUUCUCGAAAAAGGGAGAGAGGCACAAGAAAUGGUUCCACUAGAUUUAAGUGAAAAAUCAACAAGGGCUGAUUCAUGCAAUAAGGGUUUUACCUCAUCUUUGCAGGCUGAUUUGAUUGUCCACCCAUGUCCUUACUGCAAUCAUAAGACCUAUUACCCUGAAGUCCUGUGGAUGCACAAAAAAAUUUGGCACAAAGUCAGCUGUAACUCGAUGGCUCCACCAUGGAUUCAACAAAAUGGAUUCAAGAGUAUAAAAAACAACUUGGUUUUUCUGGCAAGAAGUGGACGCACUGGUCCUCCUCCAUCCCUUGGUGGUAAAGAAUGCCCACCUUUGCCUGUUGCCAGGUUUACACGCACUCAAGUUCCAAGUGCGUUGCCAGGAUCCAAAAGCAAUUCUUCCCCUGUUGGGAUGACUACAAAGCCUGGUAGUAUGCAUCAGUCUAAGGACAGCCAUUCGUUUGGCCACUGCGGUUCACGGUCAUCAGGUCUUGAUGGGUACAGGCAGCCCAAAUCAAACCAUACCCAGGAGCAGCACAGCAUAGCAGCACAACAGCCUCAGCUUAAAGCUAAAUAUGAAGUAAACUCCAAACUGAUGCAAGGGGGAAGCUUUAGCAGAAGCCUAACACCCACCCAGACAGUCGUAUCAAGGCCCACCUCACAGCCUGCCAACAGUAAACAGGUAGAGAAGUAUAUGAUUCCCCAAGGAAGUGCUGGUUUUCACCCUUCAAGUAAGCACUGUGCAUCUGACCCGAUAAAAGCCAAAUUCAACCCACCGCCUCAGUAUCACCCUCUGUGUAAAACUGAGCAGUACACUAAACAUGAAGAUCCGUCAGUGCCUCAAUGGGAAUCUCACACCAAGGCUGGGAAUGAGAUGAGGACAUUGGCAAACUGCACAACAGGAACAAGAGCGAGUCCACUAAUGCAGCCUCAGCCUAGCACAGCAGGAGCUUCUCCAGCUUUACACUCCAUCAAACAAGAACCAGCAUCAGAGGGGCACGAGAAACGUUUGGACAUUUUUUUUAAGACCUACAUUCCAAAGGACCUUGCUUCGUUGUACCAAACCUGGGGUGCCAAUAGCCCUGUGCUGGAUCAUGCAGGGAUGCUUAGGACACAAACACGCCAAGGAGACUAUGUCUGCAUAGAAUGUGGAAAAUGCUUUAACCAGCACAGUCACUUCCGGACUCAUAUGAGGUCCCACACAGUGGUAUUUGAGUCUAAUGGACUCCGAGGUACUGAAGUUCACACCACCUCCGCAGAUGCCCCAAAACAAGGGAGAGACCAUUCCAAUGCAGAUAUUGUCCAUACAGUGCCUCUCAGAAAGGGAACCUAA